AUGUUACAGGAUGGAAUCAUGCAAGAGUAUCAGUUGGGGCAAUACAUACGCACAACAUACGAUAAGUUUCUUGGAAAGCGUUAUAUACCAUCUCAGAUUCGAGUGCUAGCCGGCACCGAUAAUCGAACAGUGGUCAGUGCACUCAGUGUACUCGCCUCGCUGUUUCCGCCUGAAGGCGAUCAAGUUUGGAGUCAACUUCUCAAGUGGCAACCUAUCGCCGUUCAUAGUCAACCAAUAUUAGACCAGUUUGCAAUCGGAGCGUUUGAUAGUUGUCCAAACUUAAUGGACACCUACCAGAAUACAGAUGUUUAUAAGAAGAUCGCUGCCGAUGAUACACCAUUCAAGCAGUGGUUAACUCAGAUGACUGGUAUUGAAGUGAAUGAUCCAAUAAUCUAUAAUCAAGUGCUUGAUUGUCUUAUCUCAAGGACAAGUCUCAAGGAUUUACCACCGCCAAUGUGGGCACAAAACGAUACCAUUCUAGGAAUGAUUUCAGAAAGGCAUAUUCGUUUGAACGCCCAAAUUACAGACUUGAUCUUAGCGGAAAGUGGAGGAUGGCUGUACAAUCUAUUUGUUGAAGGAAUUGAAAAUCGUAUAAACAAUCUGACAAAUCAUAAACUUUUAUUGUAUGCAGCGCAUGACGGUAACAUUUUAACAUUUGGAAAAUUCUUCGCAAUCCCACAACUCAGUACAAUGCCACCGUUUGGAUCAGCCAUUGUGUUGGAACAUCAUCUCAGGAAUGGCGAUCACGUAGUUGAGGUAAACAUUGCAAUCCCAGGAUGCGGUGAUCCAUGUUUAUUCAAUGAUUUCAAACGUAUGAAUCGAAGAUUCUCGACAUCCUCAUGGACGUUUCUAUGCAAAGGCGAUUCAGAGUUGUGUGAAGAUUAUUCGAUCGUUUUGGGUGAGCGAAAUUCAUCGAUUCUUUUCAAUGAAAAGAGACGUCACUUUCAGUCACUGAAUUUGAUUGAUUACAGCGACAAUGGUUGGUCUCACAAUAAUGCUCGGCAUUCUGACGGUGCUACUUGUCUUCGUUUGNCUUAUCGGAACCGUCUGAACAAGCUGCUUGACCCCGAGCAACAGUCCUUACUCAGAUGA